CCCUGCACACGAAUUUUUAUCGUGAUUUAUUGUUUCUGGCGCUUAAUGUCAGGCAGGAUUCCAGCACCCACAGGUUAUAUGUGAAUAGCUCGAUGUGUUGCGCAGGCUGAUGGCCGCGUGUGGGGCGUGGGUUUGGGUUUUGUUCGAGGGCGAUCAUUCCUUGCUUCAAUUUACUUAUUUCAUUCCGAAGACCAGCUUGAAGUUUUGCAGGAAAACAAACAAGCGAACGUUGAUGGCCUCUAUCCUUCAUGAAGCGAAACCUAUCUCCGUCUUUUGAGGGUGUCACCACCCAAAUACAGCCAACCAAACGAAAGCGAAAACCAGUGCCUGUUAAUUUGGCUGCCUUGGCGCCAACUGGGGACAAAUCCACUCACUCGAUCACCCAAGGCUCAAACAAAUUCGAACAAGUUUCGAGAGACUUCCUCAUAGGGUCUGGGAAGAACUGGAGACUGUUUACAGAAGAAGAGCUCCCUGGUGCCGAGGUUUUCUAUCUGCCGGAUUUCAUCGAUGUGGCCACUGCUAUGACGUGGAGGGCAGAAUUAGACAAACUCGAUACAUGGCACCGUCCGACACUCAAAGUGUACGGACGCGAGGUUAUUCAGAGUCGCUUGACAGCUGUGUACGCAACAACACCCGAGCUUACUAUGAAGUACUCGGGCCAAGUUGUUAAAAUGCAUUACCCGUAUCCAAACUUAGUCUCGGAGAUCCAACGUUUGCUUGAGAAAACCUUGGGAUUCGGCCUCGAAGACAUGGCCGAAGGUGAAGGAAAUAAUUUGACCGGCUUCAACCACGUCAUGCUGAACAAAUACGACGAUGGAAGUGUCUACAUCGGUCAACAUAGUGAUAGCAGGGAAAAUAAAGUGAUUGCAAGUCUCAGCCUCGGGGCCCCCAGAACCUUCAUAAUGACCCCGCGGAAGGGAUCUCCAGGGGAAAAGUUGAAAUGGACACUGGACAAUGGGAGCCUCAUGAUAAUGCAAGGAGAUACUCAGCUGAAUUGGAAGCAUAAGAUUCCGAAGGAGCCAAAGGUGAAGGAAGGGAGGAUAUCAUUGACAUUCCGGCAACUGGUGUAUGAAAAUCAUCGUCCAGCGGGUUAA